UGUCUCUGAAAGGGUUGAAUCCUUUAAAGAUUCCUUAGGGGGGAGUGGGUCGGCUAUUGAGAAAAAGGCAGUCUGAUUCGCUUUAAAUGGUCCUUUUGAUUUAACAGUCACAUUGCCAUUGUAGAAACUCCGACUCUCUCCGCAUUGCUUCUCUUGUUCUGUUUUCCCCUGUUUCACCACCUUCAGAAACCUUUUCUACUCCAAUAUUCAAUCCAAAACUGCCAAUUCCCACAGAUCGAUCUCAAUCCGUAAUUAAGCUUUAAUCCCAUUUCUUCAGGCCAAAGAUGGAGAUUCUGUCUCCGGCAUGGUACCUUUCGACCCCCAAUUGGCUGCUUGAUGAUAGCAGCAGCAGGAGCACAAAAUGGACCCCUGCAGAGAACAAGAUAUUCGAGAAUGCUCUUGCUGUUUACGAUGAGCAGACGCCGGAUCGCUGGCAGAAAGUCGCCGCCUUGAUCCCCGGUAAGACUGUCAGGGAUGUGAUGAAGCAAUACAAGGAACUGGAAGAUGAUGUUUGCAGUAUAGAAGCAGGAUUCGUUCCCUUUCCUGGCUAUGGCUCCUCUGCUUUUACAUUGGAGUGGGAGAAUAGCCACGGUUUCUAUGGAUCCAAGCAGCUGUAUGGCUCCGGCAGAAAGCGACCCUCGUCAGCUCGACCCCCUGAACAGGAAAGGAAAAAGGGGGUCCCAUGGACGGAGGAAGAGCACAAGCGGUUUCUGAUGGGGCUGAAAAAAUAUGGCAAAGGGGACUGGAGGAACAUUUCGCGCAAUUUCGUGAUCACCAGAACACCAACUCAGGUGGCGAGCCAUGCCCAGAAGUACUUCAUCAGGCAGCUUUCAGGUGCGAAAGACAAGAGGAGAGCCAGCAUUCAUGACAUAACAACGGUUAAGUUUGUCGAUAACCCGACUCCAUCUCCAGAAACCACCAAGCCUCCUUCCACCGGCCAGCCAUCUGGGGUUCACCGGCAGCAGGGGCCUGGUUCUAUGACCAGAACACUUUCCCAGUUGAACCAGCCAAAUAGUGGAGCAGAAAUGGCUUUGAAUCCCACAUAUGGAAACGUGUUCAUGUCGCCUUCUGGGGAUACCUCAAUUGGGCUUAAAAUGCAGGCUCAGAAUCUGCAGAGAAGUGAUAUGCAUCAGUAUUCUUAUGUUGGUUCUUCACCAUUCUCUUGGAUGAUGAUGUAGCCUAUAAUCUUGUUUUCUUAGUGAUUCUCCAGAGAUCUUUUGUGAUCAUAUGUUCAAUUAAGCCUUAGGAUUUUAUGUCUUUGCUUGGAACUUGAGAUUCUGAUAUGCAAUGUGUUCUGAAGAAAUAGGGCAUGGCAGCAAGAUAAGCUUCUUCAAUCACUGGUUGAAAGCUUUUGAGAAAGAUCUGUAUCCUUGUUUGCCGCUUGUUAGUAAUAUCUGUUACAGGUGAAAUUGUAAGCAAUUAAGCUUCAGUCCACGAACUACUCUCUACCUU